CGUUGUAAGUCAUACAUAGUUGGUACAAUCAGAUGUCUCCUGUCCUCGAAUGACUUCUGUAAGGACAUAUGUGUACUCUGGCCCCUUGUCUGUGCACUGUUCAAGUACACCAAACAAACGCAAACUUACAUGACGUUAUGUAGACUUUGGAGCUUGAACAGAACCACCAGUCUUCAAAAUGGGGGACCGUAGGAGAAUGCAUUGUUCUCUCCCCCUGUUCCUGCUCGUAGUGGUGUUGUCGCCUGUCGUGUUUAGCCAAAAGAUUGACAUCCUUUGUCUUCUUGAGCACUGUGGUGUACAGAUGUACGAAUGUGUCACCAACACGACAUGUCGGGACGCUCUCACCUGCUUUGGCGGCUGCGGUACCAACCUGACCUGUACCAUGCAAUGUCUCUACUCGUACGGAUACGAGGAUCCACAGUUCACCAAAUUCUUCACAUGUGCGACGGUCCAACACACGUGCAUGACGACAGCGCCAUCUUCGUUCAACUGUACCAAGCCUGAAAACCUGGCAAAGAACUUCACUUUCAAUAUGCUGAAAGGGCAGUGGUACAGCGUGCGAGGGAUGACCCCACCUACAGACUGUUACGACUGUUCUUCUUUUCUGUACGAAACCUAUCAACAUGGUUUCGCCAUGAGAAACACCUUCGACGCUGAUGUGGUUAAUGGUAAGGCCCCCUUUCCACUAGAUGGCUAUCGCGCUGCGCUCUCACUGCUGCUAGAUAGGAUAUCUGUAUCCUUCGCUUUCACACUGGAUAUAUCAUAAGAAACGAAAAACUGUGACUUA